GCAUAACAACUCCAAAACCACACACAAAAAUCUCGUGAACGAAUAAAAAGGAGAGAGAAAGGAAUAGCAGAGAGAGAGCGCGCGCGAGAGGGAGAGAGAGGUCUCGACGAGAAGUUUUGAUUCAUCAUUCAUCAUUCAUCAUCCAUUAUCACGACCGUCCAGCGGAUUCGAAAAUGGUGAUGAUCGAUCAGUAUAUUCUCGGGGGAUUCGUUGCUUCUUUGGUUGCUUUCGUGUUGCUCUACAACUUGCCAAGGAAGACGAGGAAAACUAAUAAGGUUUCGAAGGUUGGACGUGGAGAUGAGUGCAUUAAGACCUCCGCCGUCGGCGGUGGUUCCGGAACGGAGGCCGGUGGAGAUGCUGACAUUAUUAUUGUUGGAGCCGGGGUUGCCGGGGCCGCUCUGGCUUAUACGCUUGGCAAGGAUGGGCGUCGAGUUCAUGUGAUUGAAAGAGACUUAACGGAGCCAGAUCGGAUAGUGGGCGAACUUCUACAGCCUGGAGGCUAUUUGAAAUUGAUGGAGUUAGGUCUUGAAGACUGUGUGGGUGAUAUUGAUGCUCAACGAGUUUUUGGCUAUGCCCUUUACAAGGAUGGUAAAGCCACGAAGUUAUCUUAUCCCUUGGAGAAAUUCGACGCGGAUGUAUCUGGAAGAAGCUUUCACAAUGGCCGAUUCAUACAGAGGAUGAGAGAAAAGGCAGCAACCCUUGCAAAUGUAAGGCUUGAACAAGGAACAGUGACAUCCUUGCUUGAAGAAAAGGGAACUGUUAAAGGAGUACAAUACAAGACCAAGAAUGGUGAAGAGAUAACUGCUUAUGCUCCUCUCACCAUUGUUUGUGAUGGAUGUUUUUCAAACUUGAGGCGCUCUCUCUGCACUCCCCAGGUGGAUAUCCCCUCUUGCUUCGUUGGUCUGAUCCUGGAAAAUUGUGAGCUCCCAUAUGUUAAUCACGGUCAUGUCGUGCUAGCGGAUCCUUCACCCAUCUUAUUCUACAAAAUCAGCAGCACAGAAAUACGCUGUCUGGUCGACGUUCCGGGCCAAAAGGUUCCUUCCGUUGCCAGUGGAGAAAUGGCUAAUUACUUGAAGACUGCGGUUGCUCCUCAGAUUCCUCCUCAGCUAUAUGAUGCAUUUAUAGCUGCAAUUGAGAAAGGAGCAAUAAGGAUGAUGCCCAACAGAAGCAUGCCAGCAAAUCCUCAUCCGACUCCGGGUGCACUUCUAAUGGGGGACGCAUUCAACAUGCGCCAUCCUUUAACAGGAGGAGGAAUGACGGUGGCCCUCUCGGAUAUUGUUGUCCUCCGUGAUCUUCUUAGACCUCUGCAUGACUUACACGAUGCACCUACUCUGUGCAAGUAUCUUGAGUCCUUCUACACCCUGAGAAAGCCUGUUGCGUCUACGAUUAAUACAUUGGCGGGAGCACUUUACAAAGUGUUCUGUGCAUCACCUGAUCCAGCAAGGAAGGAAAUGCGUGAAGCUUGUUUCGACUAUCUGAGCCUUGGAGGCAUUUUCUCUGAGGGCCCUGUCUCUUUACUUUCCGGUCUAAACCCGCGACCUUUAAGCCUCUUUCUCCAUUUUUUUGCCGUGGCCGUUUAUGGAGUUGGCCGAUUAUUAAUUCCAUUUCCCUCACCUCAAAGGGUUUGGCUAGGAGCCAGAUUGCUUUCGGGUGCAUCUGGAAUUAUCUUCCCGAUUAUAAAAGCAGAGGGAGUGAGACAAAUGUUCUUCCCUGCUACUGUUCCAGCCUACUACAGAGCUCCCCCUGCUGUUCAUUAGAUCAAAUCAUUCAAAACUCUCCUAUUCAUUAUUUUUUCCUUUAAAACAAAAAUAAAAAAGAAAAUAGUGUUGUAGUAUUAGUUUGACUUUUGUUGGUCUUCCCCCUAAAAAAAGCCAGGUUUGGACCAAGAUAAACAUGCCAGAGAACAUUGUAAACGCUGUACCAUACUACUACUACUAGUAAAAAAUAAAAUUUCUUUAUAUUACUCUUUCUCUUUGAA